AUGGACGUGGAUGCUCCGGCCGAUUUGGCCGCACAACCCGCCCCUAUUGCCGAGGAAGAGCAAUCGAAUUGGGAAAUGGAAAAGGCCGAGUACGAACGGGUUCAGUUCAAUCUGAAUCAGGAGUUGAUAGAUUAUCGUGACCGUGUGGAUGACCUGUCUCGGAAAAACGCUCAAAUGGCCGAUGAGCUCACUCGCCACAACAACCAGGUGAAAGGAUACAUCGAUGAUCAGAAAGUUCUCGAGGCAGCGCGGAAUGAGCUCACCAACAAAACCUUGGAGUUGGAGGUCACCGUUUCGCGUUUGAAAAUGGAGAAAGAAGAGGGGGAAGCGUCUGCUGCCAAUGCUACGAAAGAAGCCCAGGCUGCUAUUGUUGAGACAUUCGCUUUGAAAGACCAAAUCCAAAAGCUGAUCGAAGAGAAGGUUGCCAAUCAACACGAGUUGGCGAUCCAUGCAAAAGAAAGGCGAACCAUUGAGGUAACAUUGUGUUUCGGAAUAUAUUUACGCUGUUCAUUUCAGUACGAGCGUGAAAGGAUCGCGACGGAACGCGGUCUCCAUGCUGAAGCAAAGCGGUGGCUGAUGCAGGAAGUGUCCGAACGGGACAACAAAGUGUCGAGCUUGCGUCUGGAGCUGAGCAACAAGGACAUGGAACGAGCAAACGAAAAAAUGCAUUUGGAUGUGCAGAUCAAUCGACUCACUACUCAAAUUGAAGGUCUCAACGGCAAAAUCGAUAUGCUGCAAUUCAACAACACUGAACUUCUCAAGAAAAUGGAAGAUGUGAGCAAUACGAAGUCUGCGAAAAAUUAACUUUUUUCUUUUAGACCGAACGCACCAAAGCCUCGGAAAUCGAAAAUUUGAUGGCGGAGAUCCGUUGCAAAACUGAGUACCAGGAAGUCUUGAAGCACUCGAUGGAAGAAUCGAAAAAUGCAGCGGACGACUACAAAGAUCAGUUAGACAUUCAGAGGAAUGUGCUAGAGGAUGCUCGAAGAAUGUUGAUGGAGCAACAAGAAGAGAUUGACAGUGAAAGUCUCGCCCAUGCUGAGGCUCUCAAAGAACGAGAUGAAGAACUCGCACAGACUCGCGCCGAACUGCUCAAGGUUAACGAAAUGAUAAAGAACAUGAGCGAUGUGAAGUUGAACGUCUCCGAGGAGGAGUUGGCGGAGUUGGCUCCGGCAGCCGCUGAAACUGUCCGUCUCUUGAGAGGAGGCCAAUCUCUGAGCAGCCUAGUUUUAGAACACGCUCGUGUUUGUGGAAAGUUGGCUGAGACCGUAGAGGAGAACACUAGUUUGCGCACGACAUUAGAGGAGCUUCUGGAGACGAUCGAUCAAAAGAAACCUCAGUUAUUGUCUCAGAGGAUGGUGACAGACGAGCUCUUCGACAGGAGUAGCAAACUCGAGAAGCAACUGGACGAUGCGGAGUCUGAGAGAAAAGAACUGGUGAGCCAAAAAGAUGCUGCUCAGAGAGAUCUCGCCUACGUGAGAGCUGAGGUUGAGAAGUAUCAAAGAGACUACGACUUCGUUUGCAAGAGGGUAUGUAGACUAUUUCACAAUUAAGCGUGCUUAAAACAUAUUUCAGAACGCUGAACUGAUGUACACUGUAGAACGUCAAAGCAGAAUGCACGAUCCAAACUGGUCUGAGCAGGCGGACGAGCAGCUCUUCCAAAGCAUUGUUCAACUGCAAAGACGUAACGUCGAGCUCGAAUCAGACAUAGAAAACGCGAAAACGAGUGCUGCGCAAGCUGCCAUGAACGCACAAAGCGAGGAAAUGGCUCAGCUGAGAGCAGAUCUUGCUGUCACUAAAAAGUCGGAAUCUGCGCUUAAAACGAAGGUCGAGCAGACGAAAGCAGCUUUCGAUAGCGUAAGCCAACCGAUGUCUAAAUUUGCUAAAACAUGCAUUUCAGCUGAAAGAAAAAACGGAGCAGCUCAAGGAAUUGGUUAAAGAUAGUGUGACUGCUACUGAAGCGAGAGCAGCCAAGCUGAGGGCAGAGGAGGCAGUUGCCGCGAAGCUUGUGGCUGAAGCGAUUUGCGAGCGACUUCGCAUUGAAGCCGAGACGUUCAAGGCGGAUCACAUUCGCAGAGAGCAGGAGUUCACGCAGAGGCUUUCCAACUCCGAAUCGAACAGCCGUGCGCUGACGGAAACGAACAUCAAGUUGAACACUCUGUUUGAAGCUCAGAAGACGAACACCGCCACCAUGGAGCAAGCAUUCCAAGCAGCCGUGAAAGAAAAAGAGAAUGCGUUGGAAGAACUUCGAAAAAUUGCUGCUGCUGACUCAGAGAAGGCAACAGGCUUGUCGACCUCGGAAGGCACGCAAUGAACGCAACUGACGAGGCCGCCGGUCUCAGGUAUCCAUUUUCAAUAAAACGGUGGCAUAACAAACGUUUUUCAGAGUGCGCGUCAGAGCAUUGGAAGACGAAAUUCAACUAGCAAAGGCUGGGCAUCAUGUGUUGGAGAUGCACUAUGAUUAUCAGUGUACAGCUUUGGCCAAGGAAGAACAAAUGGUCAGUAUUGCAUUCCAGUGACAGACAGUCAAGACUUGAUUUCAAGUGAUCUUUUCCGAUUUCAGAGAGGGUCAGUGACUGAGUUGGCGAGCUUACUCAAGGAAGUAAAGGCCGAGGCACAGAGUCAUGCGAGUACUCAGUUGGACGGGCUCCGAACCGACCGGGAUUGUUGGAAAUCAUCGGCAACUCGAUUCAGAGACGAGCUGACUCAUUCUAAGAGCGAAUCGAAGUUGAUGCAAAAGCGGUUGGAGGGUGAGCUGGAAGUUGCGAGAAGUCGACUGGCUGAGAAAGAACAGAAGAUAUCCAAAUAUGAAUUGGAACUGAAUGAUCUUCAAUCGAAACUCAGUUCUGUUCAAUCUACAUUCUCAACAUCCGACACUACCGCGAUGCCUCUGAAUCGUCUGAAGAGGGAGUACAUGCAGCUGAAGACUCGCACGCAGUUCCUCGAAAGUGAACUCGACGAAGCAAAGCGAAAGUUGAUCGAAGCGGAAGCCGCGCAGAAACGAAUGGAUGCUGAGUAUGAAAUGUAGAGAAAAUGUUCCGAGAGUCUCGCGAAGAUGUUUAUUUCAGCUCUGCCACUCAUUACGACGUACUGGAAGAGAACUUGAAGCAAUCGGAACAGAUAGGAUCGAUGCAAAAAGAGAGAUUGGAGGCAAAGGCGAAAUGCUCCGAAGAGUAAGAGAUCGCGGAGUUACUCGCAGAUAACUGUUUCAUAUUAUUUAGGACAGCCGAAAAGUUGACGAAGCAAUUGGCUCAGAAUCAGUUGGAAUUGAACGAGCUCAAAACUAAUCUCGAGGAGCAGACGUUCAAAUCGGAGAACGAACUCUCUGAGCUGCGUCGACAACUCGAUGUGUCCUCGUUCAAUUUGAACGCCGUCCAAAGGGAACUUGACAUGGCCAACAAUAAUUUGCUGAACAUGCAAAAUGAGAAGACUCGAAAUGCCGGAGUUCUCGAGCAACACCAUUCCAUUGUUCAACAGUUGGAGCAACGCAUUUCCGACGGCGAAAGCGAGAAGCUCCGGCUUCAAGCUGAGCUGAAUAACAAGUCUGCUGCUCUGCUUGCUGAGAUGACUGCAAAGAACGAGGCAGAUCAGAUGAGAUAUUAUUUCGAAAACUUCUGCAAAAGAAGACCGAGGAACGAGAUCAACUCGAGCUGCUCAGUCAACAGAAACUGACUGAGUACGAUCAGAAACUUUCUGAGCUUUCACAGAAGUACGAAUGGGUGAGAACACACAAGUUAUUUUGACAUUAUUAUUUAUUCAUUUGUUUCAGCUAUCAACCACGCACUCCGCUCCAGAUGUUUCAAUGGAUCUGAACGAGUCUGCAAUCGGCGAAUCAUCAUCCGGCGUCAUUGAUAGCAUGCAAACUUUGAUUCAGUUCUUGCGCCAAAGCAAAGAUGAGGCGAUGACGAGAGCCAUGAAUGCAGAAGUGGAAAUGCGCCGUCUGCGUGCCGAAACUGCUGAGUUCGAAAGAGGAAAGAACGCGCUGCAGCAGAGAAUUCGGGAUUUGGAAACUGAACAGAUCGCGACAGCGGCAUCAUUGGUGGACAGAGCUCGUUUGAUCGAUAAGGUGGAAGCUCUCAGCAGCGUUCAGAAUCUCAAUUCGCAGCUGACGGAGGAGAAAAACAAACUGCAAUCUCAACUGGCUCAAAUCCAAAAGGCUAAGUCUGACAUCGAGAAGCAGGUUACGGCUCUCAGCGCCAAGAACAACGAGCAAAACCUCAAGAUCUCGUCAACCAAUCAAGAGUUGAUUCAAAGAAAGCGAGAGAUUGAACAGCUGAAACAACGGGCCGAUGCCAAUGCACGAGGUUCUGCCGCUGCUCUGAAGACUCAAGUGGAAACGCUGUCCACACAGUUGACAACAGCUCGUCAAGAAGCAGCCACGGCUUCCGAACAUGCAAAAAUUGCACAGAGUGCCAAGUUGAAGGCUGAGUACGUUCGAAUCUUGUCUACAAAGUAUGAUUUUUUUUUCUUCAGAGAGGCUCAGAAGGCAAUUGUUUCCAAGCUCACUCAAACACGGCAACUUGCUAUCAAGUAUCGUGAUGAGGUAAGUCAAGAUUCAAUACGUUUAAUAGUUAUUACGAAAUUAUUAUGAGGAAGUAGAUGCGCUUUUAAAGCCAGCAAUUACAAAUUAUCCAAGAAGUCGUCCUGCUUCUCCGCCUGCUAAUAGAUCAAACAAUUUGCUUUUUCUGUUCGGGAACAAUGGAUUGUAGAAAGGGUCUUGUAGUUUGAACUGUGGUUCUGGGAGUCCUUUUCUCAUUUCGUACGGAUUCGGCUCCGGAAUCUUAGGAAGUGGAGCCAGUGUUGAUGGUGGGGAUGGUGUCGUGAACAUCUUCAUUAGUGGAUUCAAUGUGAAUGGAUUGGCCACGCCAAGAAUCGGUUUCUCCCAUUCUUGAAAUAGUGGCGGCGGAGGCGGAACGGUGAACAAAUCGAAUGGCGGAGCGGGGGCCAACGUUGCCUGUCUCUUGUCUCUCUUGAAGAAGAGCCUGUCGAACAUAUCAGGAUCAAAUAGACGAGGAGUAGGAGUGGUGGUCGGAGGCAACGUUGGCACGGACUGUGGUUUACGACGCAAAGAUGGGAAGAACAUAGAUAGGGACUUCUCCAGAAUAUUUGGAGUGGUACUAGUCGUAGGCGCGGGGGUUGUAGUGGUCGUAGGAAUGAGUGUUAUUCCAGCCAUGUCCUUUGAGAAAUCGUCCAACUGCUUCUGCCACGGCUCAAUGUAUGGUUUGAAAAGACGCUCAAGGAGUGGUGGGGAUUCUGUUGUUGUGGUAGUUGGCUUAUUCAGCCUUUGAAACAUCUCCCAAAGACUUCUGGAAGUGCUCAACGGGUGAUCGUCCCUAUCCUUUCUGAUCUUCUCCGCCUGAUCUCUUGCUCUCUGGUUUUCCCGCAUUUGAUCAAACACUUCCAUGAUUGGACUGAUUAUUGGGUUUAUAAUUCUAUGAGCAUCAACAUCUGGAUAUUUGUCGCCCUAGAAUAGAUUGCUGAAGACGUAUGCAAAUAGUUCAUUCCUCACCUUCAGAUUUGGCAUUUCUGCAAACUGAAUCUGUGCUAGUUUCGACAUCAUCGGAUCGCCGCUCGUGUAAAAUGGAAUUUGUCCAGCUGAGUCUUGUGCUGAUAACGUACAUACGAGGCACGAUAAUAUUAGCAAAAUCCGCAUAAUCGUAGGCGAUGCGAGGUGGAAUGGCGCCUAAGAAUACGCUUAUGAUAGCUGCUUGUUGAUAUCGCUUCGGACGCUGGCUGCUUCUUUAGUUCAUGGGCAAUUGGGUCAUGCGGCGGACAGGUUGCAUUCGCGGCUAUUGUCGGGAUUACGAGAUCUCGAGAAAGGAAACCUGUUUUGAUCCCUGCUUUUUUAGGAAUCCUCAUGAAUGUGUAGCGUAGUUCUUGUGCGGGGAGAAAGUUGGCUAAAAAAGUAUAGUGCGCACCUUUUACGACCAUUUUUCAGAAUGCCGAUUUGAAAAAGCUGUUGGAAGCACCUUCGGGAACAAAUGACCCAGCUGGUCCACGAAUCGCUGCUCUCGCCAAAACGCAUAGGGAUCAAGUUAUUGCCCUCAAUGCUCAGAUUGACGGAUUGAAAACGGAAAUUGAGAGUUUGAAUGUGAAGACCAUGCGAAUGAACAUGCUGGAGACUCGCCUGAAGAAGACUACUGAUCAGUUCACCGAGCUGAAAGAGCAAAAUGACAAGCUCUCGGAGAUUAACAGAGUAAGUUUGCUGGCACAUUUUGCAGUCACAUUGUAAUCUUUUUCAGCAACUUACCCAGUCAAAGUCUGUGUCAGCUACUGAUGUCGAGUCUAAGACAUCUACUCCUACAACCGCGAAACCACCAGCAAUCCUCAGACAACCUCCAUCCUUGGCGUCUGAUCCAUCUGCUGGAGUUCCUGCGGUUUCCAAGCAACCACUUGAACCUGAUCAGACGGGAGCACAAAAACUGCAGGCUCCUCCUGGCAUCUUGCCGUUCGGUGCAAAGCAAUCCGUUUUUGGGAAGCAAUUCGGAUCGCAGUCAUCUUCCUCUUCUCUGAUUCCUCCAGCUCCUGCUCCGACUAAUCUGAUGCAACCAAAGACUUCGCCUCAGAAGAAUCCGAUUCCACCUUCCAUUCCAAAUGAGCCGAUGGACAUUAUCCCACCAGUUCCUUCCGAUAACAUCAUGGGUAGGCACGGCUCAUGAACCACUUCUACUUUUGUGUCAGUCGUUCCAGAUCCUACUCCACCUGCUAACACCUUCGGAUCCAUGCUGCCAGUGCCGCACACGUUCCAAGCUUCAGCUCGUGUUCCGACGCAAUCGCUUUUCACUUCAUCGUCUACUACGACGGUUCAGCCGAUUCCGGAAAAAAAGAACGUUCUCCCGAAUAUUGACUCUGCUCCGACAACCCCAGGAAGCAAUGUAACCGUCUCACAGGCCACUUCUUCGUUGGCUCCCGGACAACAACUCUUCGGAUUGGCUAAUGUUCCACCUGCUGGUGAUAAUCUGGCUCUUCCGGAAGAGAGUGUGGUCGAAGGAGCUGCCGGACAAAGCAGUUUGGUUAGUGGAAGUGUCGACCAGCAAAAGGCACUCGAUGCUGAUCUCGUCGCAAAUGGUAUUGGUUUCACGUUUCGGAUUCAUUUUGAUUCGGUUCAAGUUGUAGAUGGGGAAUCUCGAGAUGGACUGAACAUCGGCGGCGUCUCUAGCUCCGACGGACGUCGCAAGAGAGCGGCGAACGACUUCGACACGAGCGAAGCUAAGCGUCAAAGGGACAGCCCGAACGAAGCCGUUACCAGCAGUGAGACACGUCAACAAAACAAUCGUAAGCCAGAAUAACCAAGUGAAGAUAAUGCUCGUCUUCUUUUCAGUUGCUGAAAUCCCGGAACUCGACGACGACGACGGUGUUCUCGGUCUGGAGCGUGAUGUUAGUGACGAAGACGCCAACGACAACACUAUUCAAGAGCGACGCGAUGACAACAUUAUUGAUUUGGAGAACGACGAGGAAGUUCUGGAAGAUGAGAUGGAAGGAGAAGAAGAAGAUGACGAUAGCUUCGGAAACGACGACGAGUUUGAGGAUAGAAAAAUUCCGGGCGUGGACGAUGACGAUGUUGUUGUACUGUCAGAUGAUGAAGAUGACAAUCCAGAGGACGACAACGAUAAUGAUGCGGAGAGUCUGGAUGAUGUUGACGACGAGGAGGAUGAUAUUGAGGAGAUUGACGUGAAUGUGAACAACGAUGAUCUUGAGGAGGUUCUCGGGGGAGAAGGUAAACUACACAUUCUGGAUCUGACUUUUGAAAUUGAGUUUCAGAUUCGCAACCCUCGCUCGACGAUCAGGAUCGUGAAGCUGCUUCGGCGGUCGAGGAGGCUGAGGACGAAGGACGUGAUCCGCUUGGAACUAUCGACGAGCCGAGCGCUCCAGCCGAUCCAACUGGUGCCGCUGGAAUCGGAAGCUCCGCCAGAGUUGCCCAGGACGCCCAGAGAGUUCGUCUUCCGACUGGGCUUCGCGACGCAGAGCGAGAGGAUCAGUGCUCCAGCAGGUAAUUGUGACCUUGAGAGAACCGUGCUAAUUAUUAAAGAUCUUCCAGCAAUGAAACCCACGAAGAGCGACCAUCGAACGCUCGGAAUGCAGCUCUCCAACGUCCGACUCGUGGAGUCUAUACACCAGGGCAAUUGCGUGGUCGUGGACGCGGUCGCGGCGGACGUGGCCGUGGAGGAAGUGCUGCUUAG